AUGCCGUCACCAAUUCCCAAGCCCCCCGGGGUGUUCCUCCUCGGCAACGUGAAGGAUGUGAAUGCUGCGAACCCUUGGAACUCAUUCAACAAGCUCGCGGCCAAGUACCGUCCCAUCUGCAAAGUCACCAUCCUAGGCGUAGACAUCGUCUUGAUCACGGGAGCCGCCCUUCUUGAAGAAAUCUGCGAUGAGACCCGCUUUCAGAAAUGCGUGGCCGGCCCCAUCAUUGAAAUUCGCGAAGCAGUACACUCUAGCUUGUUCACUGCAAAGAUAAAUGAAAAAGAAAUGAGCCAGUGGGGAGUCGCUCAUCGCAUUAUGGCGCCCCUGCUCACACCAGGGGCCGUUGACCAGGUCUUCGCGGAUAUGCGGGAGGUAUCAACGGAUCUGAUCAAGAAAUGGACCGCCGGCCCCCGCCAGCGCGUCAGCGUCACCAACGACCUGGAUCGCCUCAACCACGCGGCCAACAUGCUCUGCUUCUUCGACCAGCGCCUACACUGCUUGGAAGGCCCAGAGCCAUCUCUCAUCAAAGCCAUGGAGAACGCCACUACAGAGGCCGUUCGUCGAGCAUCCCGACUCAAACUCGUCAACUGGCUUUUCUACCAGCGCAAAUUCAAUGCUUACAACAAGACUCUGCGCGACUACUCCGCCAGUUGCGUCGAAUACCGACGCGCUCACCUAUCCGCCAAGAAGGACAUGCUGUAUGCUCUUAUGGAGGGCAAGGACCCCGAGACCGGCGAAGGACUAAACGACGAACAAAUCGUUGACGAGAUCAUCAACGUGUUCAUCGGCAGCGCGACAGCCCCCAACCUCGUCGCCUUCGGCCUUUACUACCUCAUGAAGAACCCGCAUGUGAUUAAACGCGCCCGGGAGGAGAUUGACGCUGUUGUCGGCGGCCCCGGUGCGAAGAUUGAACACGAGCACCUCUCCCGCCUCCCUUACUGCCUUGCCAUCGCUCAAGAAACCAUGCGCCUUGCCGCCCCAGCCCCCGGCUUCAAUCGCGAAGCCAUUCAAGACCAGGACGGCCCAGUCCUACUCGCAGGCGGCGAGUACGAAGUGCCGCGCAAGCAGGCUCUCAUCGCAGUCCUGUACGGUGUCAACCGCGACCCCGCCGUCUUCGAAGACCCCGACGCAUUCAAGCCAGAGCGCAUGAUGGGCGAAGCAUAUGAAAGGCUACCCUCCGCGGUAAAGAAGGGCUUCGGUAACGGCAAGCGUGUUUGCAUCGGAAAGAAGUACGCUUGGGAAUGGUCGUACUUCACCCUCGUCAGCAUCCUCAAGGAUGUCGAGUUUGAACUCGCUGACAAGAACUAUGUCACUGAUGGUGCGGGUAACAAUUACAAUGGCGCGUUCACCGUGAAACCGUUGGACUUCUUUGCCAUUACUGGUCCACGCCCAAGAGCGGGCUAA